UUUUGAUACCAUAAGGUUUUUAAACAAUUAUUUUUAUUGAUUAAUUAAUUAUGAAAAGACUUCAUAUUUUAAUUCAUUUCCGCAAAUUUUUUGUAAGUUAUAAAAUUAAAUUAUAUCAUAUAAAUUUACGCUUUAAUUCACUUUAAAAAAUGUGUACAUAAUACGUGCAAAAUAGAUGUGUACUUUGUACUAUCUAUUCUUACGCUAUAUUUAAAGUCACUAAUUACUUAUUGUAAGGUAUGUAUUGUGAUUGAAUGUUGUUAUAAAAUGUAGUUUUUAAUUUAAUUCAACAAUCGCGAUGAAUACUAGCCAAUUUGGCACAUUUAGUAUAUUAUAAUUAGACUCGAACAAACAACUUUUGCCAAUUUGUUAAAAACACUGAAAUUCUUAACCUUUGGCAGUCGAAAGCCGGCAUGUUUCUAGCAAAGCAUUCUUAUCAUUGCGUUGCAAGGAAAAACAAUUCAAUACUGCAUGUUUAGUCUAUAUAUGAAGUGAAGUGACUUAUUGGCGAUAAGAUUAUAUUACUUUAUAUUUCUUUUGAUUGUUCGUCACAAAUCUAUUCUGUCAGUAUUUAGAUAGCAAGCUCUCCGACUGCUAAAAAUUAACACAGUGACUGCUACAAAUCAUUUUUCAAUUAAUUCAAAUUGAUGAAUUGUUCCAUUGAUAUAUUUAUAUGAUAUAAAUAUGAUAUACUGUUUUUAUUUAUAUGAUAUAAAUAUAAUAUACUGUUUUUAUUAUUGAAUAUUGAAGAACUUUAGAUAAAUAAAUAAAUUAUCAAGUUUAAAUAUUGGCAAUCCUGUUGAUGAGUCAACAAAUCUUUCUACUUAAGAAAUUAGUUUAAAUCUCAAAUAUAUUUUUAUAUUAUUCAUGUAAGUAUGUAUAAAUGUUUGUGUUAUAUAUACAUUUAAGAUAAAAAAAAUAUUUUAAACAGAAAAUAUCUGUCAGUUUUGUACUAGCUUUGAUUUUAUAGUUUUUUGUUAUACAUACCUGGAGAUAUUUAAAAAAAUGGAAUAUGCAAAUAUUUAUUAAUUUUUUUGAAACUUUAUUUUCACUUUAAAAAGUUUUAAGGUCAUUAUGUUGUAAAUAAUUAAUCAAGUAAUUUGUAUUAAAUUGUAUUAUUAUGUGACAAUAUGAAUUCAACACUUUCACCUUACACUUCCUACAAUCAUGUUUUUACUUAUAUUUAUUCAAAUCGUUAAUGGAGAAGACGAAUUCAGUUAUGUAGUCAAUAUUUAUCUUAUUAGUUAUGAUUACUUAUUUUUGUAUAUAUUAUUGAUAAUAAUAAUUUUGUAUGAUAUUUUAGAUAUACACAUACAUUAAAGCAACAAACAAACAUGAGUUUGCAGUGGACUUUAAUUGCUGGAUUUUUAUAUCUUGAAAUUGUAGUAGUCUUAUUAUUAAUACUACCAAUUAUUUCACCCAAAUCAUGGCAAAAACUUUUUAAAUCUAGAUUUUUAAAAAGUUUAAGUAAUCAAGCAUCGAUUUAUUUUUUAAUUUUACUUGGAAUAUUAGUCUUAUUUUUAUUGGAUGCUAUUAGAGAAAUGCGAAAAUAUUCCAGUUCUCUUGAUGAGCAUAAAGAUCAUCAUUUAGAUACUGAAAUGCAAGGUAAUAUGAGAUUAUUCAGAGCAGAACGGAACUUUUAUCUAUCUGGUUUCUCAUUGUUCUUAAGUCUUGUUAUACAUCGCCUUGUGAUUUUAAUUUCUACUCAUGCCACUCUGUUAGCACAAAAUGAAGCAGCUAUACGGCAAGCUGAAUCUGCUACUACAACAGCAAAACACUUAUUGUCACAACAACCAAUUGGAAAAACUGACUCAAAUGCAGCUCACGAUGAAGAAAUAUCAGAGUGGAAAAAUCAAAUUAAAGAAUUGCAAACCAAAAAUCAGAAAUUAGAAAAUCAACUUACAAAAGAAAAGAAAGAUAAGGAAGCUAUAAAAUCACAAGCAGAAUCUCUUACAAAGGAGUAUGAUCGCUUAAAUAAUGAACAUAGUAAAUGUCUUCAAUCAAGUGGUGAUAAGAAAAGUGAU